AUGAGUGGCGGCGCAUCUGAACGAGAAACAAUUAGUUGCAUAGUACAGGAGUGGAAGGAGUUCAUUGUCACUGAAACAAAAUCAGCUUAUGCAUCACCAGUACUAUUAGUUACGAAAAAAGAUGGCGACGCAAGACUUGUGGUUGACUAUAGAAAGUUGAAUGCUCAAACUGUGAGAAAAGUCUUCCCUACUCCCAAUCUGGACGAGCACCUGGAAACACUACAUGGAGCAACGUUGUUUACAACUCUUGAUCUUGCCUCCGGUUACCUACAGGUGCCUCUAACUGAAACGUCUAAAGAGAAAACUGCGUUUAUCACACCGAGUGAGUCGGGUAAAUUCGAACGAAUGGUUUUCGGUCUCAUCAACGCACCCUAUGAAUUUUCGAGGUUGAUGCAACGAAUAUUACAACCAUUGAAAAACAAAGUCGCUAUGUGGUACUUGGACGAUAUUCUGGUACCAUCAACAUCGUUCUAG